AUCUUUUCAAGUCAUACACUGAUUUAAAACAUAUAGUCCAUACACACACAACACAUACUCGUACAUUGUCGACAGGCUAAUAAGAAUGAAAAUUUCUGCUAACUUUAUUCCGCCACCCCCUCUGGGAAGCGAUGUUCCGCGUCAAGAUCCAUUGAAGGGGUCGAAACACCUUCGUUUGGAGCUCAGCCCGGUGAUCAUCGGAACGGUUGUGGCAUUGAUAACAGCAGCUUUAGUUGUCUCAUUUAACAAUUAUGCCGCUUAUUUGUUGACGCAAGAUGGAAAGCUGGCUAUUGCAGCCUUGAUUUACGUGUUGAUAGUUCACUUACUCAUUUUUAGGAAGGCUGCAAGCAAUAUUGUCUUAAUAUAUUUGUAUGCAGCAGCGCAAGUGCUAACGCUUCCAUAUUGUGUUUCGCUCAUCCGAAACAUCCGCCCGAUGAUCGAUGGUCAGUUUGAGAGACAGGAAUGUGUUAUGGCCGCCAUGGGGCUAGUUCCGGACAUUAUAAGCCUCAGUUUCUUUAUAGUCUCCAUGUGCAUAAAUUGGAGCUCCAACGACAGUGGAUCCAGCAGUGGAGGAAGCAGCGGUGGUAGCAGUGGCAAUAGUAGUGACAGCUAACUUUACUUCCUAGAUGUUCCUAAAUGAAAUGUUUAUCUCAACCUCGGCCCACAUAUAAUGUACUCAAUUGUUAUAGUGUACAGUAAAAAGCAAAGGGUUAAACGAGUA